AUGGAAACUGAUGACAAUUCUCCUUGGUACGGAAUCUUAAUAGGUCUUAUCCUCAUUUUAAUUAUGCUAGCUCCAAGCUAUCUCUACCCCCCGCUUCCCACACACGAAUCCCUUCGAGACGACUACAUCAAAGCAAUGAUCGCUCUCGCUGAAAAAAAUAUCAGCGAAAAAGAAGCCAGAAAGCUUGAAAAAAAGAAAAAAGCAAGCGAAGAAGCAGCAGCAGCAGGGGAAUACCAGAAACUCUAA